AGUAGGCCUUUUAAUUUUUUUUACUGAUAACACUAUUUUCCUGGGCAACGGUAGGCAAGAUGAUUUAUAAACAAAAAUGAGCUUACAAAAUGCCAAUUAUUUUACUGAAAUUUGAAAUAAAAGCUAAUAGGACUGUAUUUAAUACUACUUAUUUGUAACUUAUAAUAAAAUAAAAACAUAUUCAGUUGGUGAAAAUGGCUUCAAUAAGUGUGCGUGAUCAGAAAAUCGAACAGCAACGGCAAUUAAUGGAACAGAAAAUGAAACAGAAGCGCCAGAAUUCUGGGAUGGUUCAAUCCAACGACCUAAGGGUAGCAUCAGCUAAGCGUCCACUCUCAGGUAGCCGUUCUCGAGAGCUCCAUGGCUAUGACGGCCCGAUGCAAUUUCUUAUGUCUCCAAUCAAUCCGGACCAAGUAAUACCACUGCAAACUAAUAGAAUGUCUACAUAUGAUGAGUUAGGUAAUCAAAUAGAAGUGCUGACUGUGGGCGAGGGUGACGGGAGUGGUGAGGAGGAGGAAGAGAGCGUCCCGGUGUGCAGCGUGGGGCGCGACGCGAGCGCGGAUGAUGUGUGCGCAGACGCAGCCGUGGCGCCGUUGCACGCUCGCAACGUGACUCGCGACGUAUCGCCUAGCCAGACGGCUGAAAUCGAAGGGUCGGUGGAAGGCGCGGUGGAAACGUUCGUAGUGACUCCGGCUAAACACGGCACGCUAUACAAAUGUAGGAUAGCGCGCGAUCGCAAGGGCAUGGACAGGGGCCUUUACCCCACAUACUUCUUGCAUUUGGAGAAAGAUUACGGCAAGAAAGUGUUCUUGCUUGCUGGUCGCAAACGUAAAAAGUCAGCGACAUCUAACUACCUGAUAUCGACGGAUCCGACCGAGUUGACGCGGCAGGCGGACAGCUUCGCGGGGAAGUUGCGCUCCAACCUGCUCGGCACGGCGUUCACCGUCUACGACAACGGCAAGGCGUGGCGCAAACACGACCACGCGAAGACCAGGCAUGAGCUCGCUGCUGUUGUCUAUGACACGAACGUGCUGGGCUUCAAGGGUCCGCGUAAAAUGACGGUGAUCUUACCGGGAAUGACGCCUGACCGCCAGCGAGUGACCAUCGCGCCGCAAGACGACAGCGAGACUCUACUAGAACGCUGGAAGAGUCAGAACCUAGACGAUAUAGUGGUUCUUCACAACAAAACACCAGUAUGGAACGACGAGACGCAGUCAUACGUGCUGAACUUCCACGGCCGAGUGACUCAGGCAAGUGUGAAAAACUUCCAAAUUGUCCACGAUUCGGAACCUGACUAUGUGGUAAUGCAGUUCGGACGUAUUUCAGAAGAUAUAUUCACAAUGGAUUUCAGAUAUCCCUUGUGCGCGUUGCAAGCGUUCGGCAUAGCGCUCAGUUCGUUCGACAGUAAGCUGGCAUGCGAAUGAAUUGUAUGCAUUUAUGGGUCUAAUAAUAAGGGGACUUAGCUGACGCUAGUAUAGCUUAGUCGGUGCUGAUCGAGUCAUAUAAGAUCUUGCCAGAAAAUAUUUUUCAUAUUACAAAGGUGAUGACAGCCUGGCCCUGCGCAAAAUUCACAAUACCUUUAAGUUAUUGUGCACAUUUGUUUCACAUAUGCAAUGUAAUUGAUCAUUUCGAAUAUGUAAAUUAGCAAUAAUAUAUCGCGCGCCGAGUUACUGCUGUCAUUAUGUGAUCGUGUGACACCUGGGGAUUGCGUUGCAUACGAAAAAUUUAUAUGUAACAUAUGUGUGGCCAGUUUCUCUUCACCUUAAUACUGAACGCUUUAUCUAUUGCCUCACUGUCCAAUUUAGUGUCUAAUAGAAAGUUCUAGGAUCUAUAACGACAUAUCUGAAUAAUGUUAACGGGAAGUGUGUCCUUUUAUUCCUAGAUCCAUGAGUGUUUUUGUAAUGUUUUUGAAACUAAACGCACAUAAUUUAUUUCGGUGCUUAUUGUGACGUAGGUUGUGUUCUCGUGUUACACCAUUCGUGAAUGGUCCUCGAACGAAGUUUCUAUAAUAUUUGUGUGAUUUAUCUGUAAUUUGUAGAUUUUUUUAUGUCAACGCCUCUGGAUUUGAUGUUAUAAACAUAGUUUAUUGUGCUGUAGAAGAUUUGGAUUGACGCAAUUAACUGUCACAUUUUCAAUAAAUUGUCUAUGAUUGUAUUCCUCCUGAUCAUAGACAAGAAUAUUUUUAUAUGCCAUAGACAACCAUUUUACUGUCAUUAUGUACAAAUUACUUUUUAAGUAUCAAGUUUUAAGUAUUAAUUCGCUAUACUAGUCAAAGGUUUUUAUUUAUAAUUUAAUUAAUUAGUUGGGAUGUUAACGCAUAAUGCAUUUAGAUCAUGUCACAAUAUUCUAGUUUUUUAUGAAUUCAUCUAAAAUUUAAUUAGAAUUAAUUAUUAUGACUGCAAACACUUCUUAAAUGGGUAAGCUUUUUCAAGUUCAUACUUCAUUCAACCAAACUACUGCAAGAAAUAUAGUUGAUUAUUAAUAACAUUGUGUAACAGAAUUAAACUGAAUAUAGAAAUAAUUAAAUAUAAGGAUGAUCAUAAAUGCAUUAAAAUAUAGAAGGUUUUACUAACAAUAAUUAAAUAUCAUCCUUAUAUGUUAUACAAUGAAGGAUAUUAUUAUGCUUGAAUUAUCCUGAAUUGCAUUUUAAAAGGAGCUAUUAUUUUUACGUAUUUUUUCACUUAUUUGGGCUUUCUGAAUUUUCUGGUUAAUUAUGUAAUGCAUUAUAAUAAUUAUGUCCAUUUUAUAUAUGUAACACCACAAAUGUAAUUAUUAGUUAUCAUCAAUCUAUUCAGGCUGAAGUUAGUUAUGAGACAAGAGGCAUAGAGGAUGUGAUGCAACUAACUUCAAGCCAGUGUAAACGAUUCAUGAUAACUAUUUUUUUCAAAUGAAAUGAUUGUAUUAAAGUUUUAAUGCACUCUAUAAUAUUAAAGUAUAGUGUUCGAAGUUGGGCUGCAUCAAAAUAUCUGGCAGAGUCAAAUGUUGGGUUCUGUAACUAUAUAUCUAUAUGGGAAAUUAUACAUUUAUGAUACACAAAUAUUUGCUCAUUAUCAACUGUUAUAAAAAGUUUCAUAUUAUAAUAGUAGUUUUACAUUUGCACUAUGUACAUGGAUAUAAACACGUCAUAUUUUACUGAAAAACAUAUUUAAUGACAGUUUUAUAAUAAUUCUAUUUCUGAAUUCUUAUAACAUACUAUAUUCUUUUUCUCACAAUACACAAUGCCAUAAAUAAUAACGAACUUAAUAACUUUCAAAUAAUUGUAUUAUCUAAUAUAACAUUCCAUUAAUUUAUAUUAAUUGUGUGUCCAAGUAAAAUAUACCUAAGCCAGGAAGAGAAUAUAUUAUCAUUGGUGAGCAAUGAGUGUUGAAAUGAAAAGACAUGAGUUUGAUAAUUAUGGAGGUAAAUGUUUGUAUUAUCAACAAAUAUAUGUGUCGGAGUGUUGAUACCUACCUGACCGAUACCUGUAACCGAAGACUAUUAUAAAACGCGAUUCCAUAGUGCAGAUAUGACGUUAUACUUGUGUGUAAGUUCCGAUCUUACAUUUGCAACUUGCAUAAUGGAAGCGCAGUUUUAGAUUGGAGUUCAGGAAUCAGGUUUACCUGUGUGACUGUUAUUGUAUAAAGCAAGAUGGUGUUGGCUAUGUGUAGUGAAAUAUAAUUUCGUAGAAGGCGAUAUAUUAUUUGUACCAUCCAUUAGAUUUGUUACGCGAUUUGGAUUAAAAGAGGAUGUCUUUCGUGACGCCUUGUAAGAAAGAAUUUUGGAAAUAUGAUUGUACUUUUUGCAUCGAUACCAAUGACAUUACAUCGAUAAUCCCAAUUAAUGUUCCCAGUGAAAAUACCACCAGUACAGCUGCUUUUCCCUUUCACAGGUUACUGAGUAACAUUCAUAGUGCCGAUUAUUCAAUUAUGUUUUAUCGAUAAAUCAAAUCAUAUGGAUAAUAUUGAAUUGUUAUAUAUCGAUAUACAUGCGAUUGUGUUGAUGCAAAAGGAAUUUGUUUACAUAAACGUAUUACCAUGACAAAUAUAUAACUAGAUUAAAUAAAUGUGUGCCUAUAAUAGGUUUACGUGUCUAGAUAGAUAAAAGAAAUGUUUAAACUAAUGUGGAAUUGUAAAAUAAAUAAACAAUGAAUUGAUAAUUGUUGAAGUCGUGAAUGUGUCGAGCUUUUAGAUUCGUGUGUGAUAUGUAUAUUUGUCCCGAUGUAGUUGUGUCCUUCAUCUCCAACUUAUUAUGUAUUAUUGAUUAUAAUCUAUUUAUUUCACAUGAAUCAACAUCACCUAAAGUUCACACGUUUAUUUAAUUUGAUUGGUCAUUGUAUAUAUCACAUUGUAAAAAAUAUGAAUUUCUGUGUAUUGUGCCUUUGGUAAUGAUAGGUUAAAUGUUGUGCCUUUCAUUUUCAUGUUUACUGUGUAUAUUGUACCUGAUGCUUUCGUAGAUGCAAAGGUCCUUUUCUAGAAAAGUUGCUUUACACCUUGAAUCUUAGAAUAAAUAGACAAUGUUUACAAGCAACAAUGUGUUAGACGUAAAUUAGAUGUCGGUGUUUAAUAUUAACCCGUCAUGACUUGUCAAAAUUUUAUUUUCAAAUAUGUACAGGUAGCUGAAUGUUUGCCGCCAAACAUUGACAGCUACGCGUGUGACGGAAAAAUAACCUUAUUAUGUAGUAUAUAAGGUUAUAAUCCCGUGACACACGCAAAUGUCAUGUAGCUGUCUUGGCUCGCCGGCGAGCCACGAGAGACCAAGAGUUAAUUGAUAAGUAUAAGUUUUAAACAAAUUGUUUUUCACAUUUUGAAUGUAAUGUUCACAUUGAAGUUAUUACUGGUCAGUUUAUGCACUCUGCUUUAUAUUAGCACAAUCUGAUGACUUUUCACCAGUAUAACAAUAUUUUACAUUACAAAAUAUAAUACAGAUUAGCAUGGUUAUUUUAAAUAGUGAUUAUAUAUUUUAAUUGAAAGUUGAACAUAUUAGACAUCACAUGCCUGAUCUCUGUCUGGUUAUGACGGAUUGCCGUCUCAGCGAACUAUGAGAGUGAAGGAACAGAAAGUUCACUUGUGUAUUAAGUACACACUUGUGAACUAUAAUAUCUUGUGUGUACCUGGCUGAUCUCUGUUGAGAUUGGCCACUGUCUGAAAUUCUGCUAGCAGAGAAUACAUCAGUCAUCACAUUGAAACUGCCAUAAUUUUACAAAAAGCCAAAUGUAUCUAAUUAGUUUAUCAAGGUUUCUUGUUUGUAAUAUCUGAAUACCUACCACUAAUAAUGUAUCUCUACAACUUUCUUAUGGCAAGAUUAAGCAUUGAAUAUUCAAGGAUUGUUUUAAAUAUAACAUAAUAAAAGAUUGAAUUUCUAUACUGACAUAUUGUAAAUAUUGAAAAUUAAUCAACAUACUGUAUCUAACAAGUAAUACACAAAUACUUCAGUGUUUUUGAAUAUUUUCCUUCUCAAAUAUAAUAAUCAUGUUUAGAGGCUACAUACGUAAGUACUUGCCCAGUGAAUUUAAUUGUAUUUAUUUUGCAUUCCAGAUGUUUGUGAUAUAAAAUCAUGUUAUUUCGUAAAUAAAAGAUUGACACAAUAAA